AUGUCCUCUUCUUAUUACACUGAGCAAGAUGUUGCCAAAGAGCAGGCUCUUUCCAAGCUUCCAAUUGCCAGCAGUGCUGUAAUUGACAAUACUCCCACUGGAGCCGCAACCAACGAUGGGAAAUACUCUUCUGUUUUCAGAAACAAGGCAUUGCCAGAACGGUUGAUCUCAGAAAUUCACCCAGAAUUGGAUACUUACCAUAAGCUCUUCAACAAUGCCGUGGCUUUGUAUGGAGAUAGACCUUGUCUUGGCCAGAGACCUUACAACUACAAGCUCAAGCAGUCGGCCCCAUACUUCAAGAGCUAUACCUACAAGGAAGUUAACCAGAGAAAGAAAAACUUGGGUGCUGGUAUCAUCUAUUCUUUGCAAAACAAUGCCUACACCAACUACGAAUUGGAACCUCACCGCAAGAUUAGGGACCAUUUGAAAGACUGGACUUCUUACGGGGUGCCUAUCAAUGCUCUCGAUAACAAGGAUGGAGAAAUUGAAAAGAGUGCUUCGUUCAUUGUGUCUAUUUUCUCUGCCAACAGAUACGAAUGGAUCUUGACUGAUAUAGCAUGCACAGCCUAUUCUAUUACCAAUACUGCUUUGUACGACACUUUGGGUCCAGAUGUUACUAAGUACAUCUUAGAAUUGUCCAAGAGUCCAAUUGUAGUUUGUUCUCACGAAAAAAUUCCCAUAGUAUUGGACUUGAAGGAAAAAUACCCCAAGGAACUUGAGAGUCUCAUUUCUAUCGUCUCAAUGGAUCCAUUUUCGACUAUUGAUAAUAGUUUGCUUGAAAAGGCUAGAAAUUUGAAAGUGGAAGUUACCGACAUUGAUCAAAUUGAAUCGGUUGGUGCCUCACAUCCACUUGAUGAGUUACCACCUUCUAGAGAUACUCUUUAUACUAUCUCUUUUACCUCGGGAACAACUGGUGCCAGACCUAAGGGUGCUAUGUUAAGUCAGACCAAUGCUACGUGCGCCAUGUCUUUCUUAGCUUGCACGGAACCUCAUUCUGGUGGAAAGGACAGAGCUUUCAUCUUCUUGCCAUUGACACACAUCUAUGAAAGGGAAACCAGUGGCUUUGCACUUGUAGGAGGGUAUUUCUUAGGAUUCCCUCAAUUGACCAUGGACAAUCAAAAGGUGGAUGUGUUCCAGAACUUGAUUGAAGACUUGAGAAUUUUCCGUCCAACUUACUUUUCUAUUGUGCCCAGGAUUCUUACCAAAAUGGAAGCUCUUGUCAAGACUUUGAUCAAUGAAAUGAGCGAGUCUGAUGCUGCUGAAGUCAGGAAGAUCAUUGAAUUCAAACUGAAUGAACACAAGAGAUAUGACGGCUCCGAAGGAAAGAAUUACCAUUACGAUAAUUUCCCUCCUUACAAAGCUUUGCGCGAAUACAUGGGUAUGGACGAAUUGAAGUGGAUGCAAACUGCCUCAGCACCAGUAGCUCCUACUACCUUAUCAUAUUUGAAAGCUUCUCUCAACAUUGGAUUGAGACAAUUGUAUGGUUUGACUGAAACUUUUGGUGCAAUCACAACUACUCCAGCAUACGAAGCUACAACCGGUUCUUGUGGAAGUAUUGCCCCUACAGGAGAAUUUAGAUUGAGAAAUGUCAGUGGCUACAAAAUUUCAGACAACAAGGGUGAAUUAGUCAUCAGAGGUCCUCAAGUUUUCAAGGGAUACUAUUACAACAAGAAGGAAACCGAGAGUUGCAUAAAUUCCGAAGGCUGGUUCCAUACUGGCGACAUCGCUAAACUAGACAAUAAAACUGGUAGAAUCUACAUUAUCGAUAGAGUCAAGAACUUCUUCAAGAUGGCUCAAGGAGAAUAUAUUUCUCCUGAAAAGAUAGAAAACAGAUACUUAUCGUCUAAUCCUAUCAUCUCACAACUCUAUGUACAUGGUGACUCUUUGAAGUCAUUCUUGGUGGGUAUAGUUGGAGUUGAUUUUGAGAAGGGUUUGUCGUUUUUAAACGAUGUCUGUGGCUACAACAGGUUGGACAUGUCCAGUGAAGAAAUGCUUCAGGAGAUCAACCGUGUAGAGACUAAGAAGAAGUUCUUAUCGAUAAUCAACAAGAACGUGAAUGGCAAGUUGAAUGGGUUCGAGAAAUUGCACAACAUUCACAUUGAAAUCAAUCCAUUAACCGUUGAGAGAGACGUUGUUACACCAACGUUGAAAAUUAGAAGAGGAGUUGCUUCCAAAUUUUUCGGAGACGUAUUCCAUCGUCUCUACAAUAUGGAGCAAUCUCUUGUGUUUGAGGCCAAGCAAAUAACCUCCAAAUUCUGA